AUAUUGAUAAUAACAAUAAUAACAGUAACAACAACAGAAAUAACAGCUAUAAUGCAAUACUGACGAGAAUUCGCUUGCAUAACGCAAUAUGACCCAGCAAAUCUUGAGCCGAUAUAUAAGGCUCGCCGCAGCAGGUACCCUCCCAUAUACCCACUGAAGGCGUUCGGGACAGGCCUGUGCUCAGCAACUUGGAAGUUAAAUAAUAAAGAGUCUUCAAGGUAAUUUCCAUUUUGAUUUCAUGGUUUAGUUGAUUUUUAAGCAUUAUUUUAAGUGCAUAAUGCAUAAAAACUGCACAUGAGAUCCAAUCCAGCUUUACUUCCCUGUGGCUUACCAUUAAACAUUCUUUUCCACGGUAAAGCGAACUUUCUUCGGCUAAUGCUUAGUGUGGAAGCGAGCCUUCUUUCGGCAAAGUUCAUAAUAACGAAAGUUACACGAAUUAAGAAUGAAAAGAAUUUUUAUAUUUGAUGUUAUAUUUGAAUGAUUGGCCAUUCCCCUUCCCCGCUCUUGUGACCGAGCGCCGUCCCGCCCGCAGAUGACCGCCGACGUCCGCUUCGCCGCCCUGGACUACGUGGUGUUCGUGUCGAUGCUGCUGGUGUCGCUGGCCAUCGGCGUGUACAGCUCCCUGCGGGGGAAGGGCGCGGCCUCCACCCAGGCCUUCCUGCUGGGGGGCCGCGAGAUGUCCGUGGCGCCCGUGGCUCUGUCGCUGGUCGGGGGCGUCAUCUCGGCCAUCUCCAUCCUGGGCUUGCCGACGGAAAUGUACCUCUACGGAACGCAGCUGACCACCAACAUCAUCGGGCUGAUCGUGGGCGUGAUGGUGGUCAAGCACGUGUUCCUGCCAAUCGUCUAUCCGCUGAAACUCGUCUCCAUCUACGAGUAUAUCGAACUACGCUUCAAAUCUAGAACACUUCGCAAGCUGGCCAUGGCUUGCUGGCUGAUGGCGUCGUGCAUGUACCUCGGGUCGUGCCUCUACGCCCCCUCCCUGGCCCUCCUGUCGGUCACGGGCCUCCCGCCGUGGGCCUCCAUUCUCUCAAUGGGCCUCGUCUGCGCUGUCUACAUCUCUAUUGGCGGCGUGAAGGCGGUGGUGUACACAGACGUCGUCCAGACUCUGCUCAUGUUCGGGGGCGUCGUGACGGUGGUGGCUGUGAGCUGCAAGGACUUGGGCGGACUGGGCGGGGUGUUGCAGAUCGCAGACCGGGGCGGCAGGCUCGAGUUCUUCAAUACGGACCCGAGUCCCUUCGCUCGACACACGCUCUGGUCCACCAUCGUCCUCGGCUUCUACACUGCAUUCAGCGUCACCGGCACAAACCAGUCCCAGUACCAGCGGUUUGCCUCCGUUAAGAAUCUGGCCAAUGCUCAGAGGCUGUGCUCGCUGUUCAGCGUCGGCGUGCUGUUGCUGUGGGGCGUGUUCUACACCUCCGGCCUGGUCGCCUACGCCGUGUACAGCGACUGCGACCCCUUGACCGCCGGCAGGAUCCAGAAGGCCGACCAGAUCAUCCCGUACCUGGUGGCGGACAAGCUCAGUCACCUGACGGGCCUGACGGGGCUCUUCGUGGCCGCGGUGUACGGCGGCGUCCUCAGCUCCCUCUCCUCGCAGUGCAACGCCAUGGCCUGUGUCGUGUGGGAGGACUUCCUGAAGGAGAGACCUUAUUUCCAGGCUUUCAGUGACCGCAGCGCUACGAAUGUCGUCAAGAUCCUGUCUGCCAUCAUGGGAAUGGUCGGCAUCGGAAUGGCUUUCGUGGUCGGGAAUCUGGGAACUAUUAACCACGUGAUCUACGCCAUUGACGGGGCGAUCGGAGGGCCUCUGUGCGGGCUCUUCUUCAUCGGCAUCUGCGCUCCCUGGGUCAACGCAAAGGGCGCAUUUGUAGGCCUGUUUCUGUCGUCUGUGUUUAACCUGUGGAUCGGCCUCGGGCGGUUCGUGGUGGGCGGGAAGGCUCCCGUGCGCCUCCCGCUGUCGGUGGACGCAUGCGCAGAUGAUCUUCUGGCCACGCCCACCUCCUCCUUCAACGCCACGUUCUUGGCGACUCUCAAUGCCACCGCCAGUGCCUCCCUCGAUGCCACAGAAGCUCUACACCACCACACCAUCUACGACCUGUCCUACUGCUACAACGGCGCCAUCGGGAUAAUCAUGAACUUUGUGAUCAGCAGCAUCGCGUCUCUUUGCACUGGACCUCUUCUGCCCGGGGAAAUAAGGUCCGAUUUGGUUCACCCGCCUUGCUCAAAGCUCUACCGCCGCCUCUGCUCCCUUCUCGGACUCCGACUUGAAGACAACAGCGAGAAAGAAUUCGCCGAGAAGGAAGUUACCAUCUCCAUGUUACCUUCGAAAUGAUUUGAUGCACCAAAGUCUUUCCAUUAGUAUGCGUAGAUAGUAGUAAAAAAAACAGUGCCUUUUCUGUCAUGAAAUCACAAUCAACGUUUUUUUUUUUUUUUUGUACGAUGAAAUCUCAGUAAGCAAGACAGAAAAGAGAUAAAUCCUUAUAUUCAGAGAUACUUCAGACACCUUUUUCAGUGGAGGUCUUUAUUAGCUCUGAUUGGCUGAGACGUGUUACAGCUCGAUGGUGAUUGGCUGUGACACGAAACAGCUUGACAGUGAUUGGUUGACGGGCGCGAGAUGCUGGAAUUCCUGGUCCAGCUCUCCGUAAAAGGUGUCCGAAAUGUGUGAAUAUGUGCGACAGUUUGAUUCUUGGAGACGAUGGUUAAAUGUCAUGUUGUUGUUGUUGUUGUUGUUGGCGUUAUGGCUACGUCGUUGACAAAUUUGUCGAUGUCAGUCAGUGAAACGAUUUGCUUUGCCUAUAGAGAAAUGUAGUAAAAUUUUAUCUUUUGUAGAAACUGUUGAUCUAUUUGCCCUUACCCAGUCUUAUGUACUUUUAUCAUAUAUGCCAAGGGUGGCCAACCUUCUGUGAGAUAUGAUCUAAUUUUUCUAGUUACCCUGAUGCGAUCUACCAGCCUAAGAUUCAA